CUCUACUCAAAGUCCAAAAUAUAAAAAGAAAACAAUAAAUGGCACUGGGAAUAAAAAAAAAGUAGAUUUCUUUGGGAAAAAGAAACCCAGCCCCUUCAAAACUGCACACGUAAUUUCCUCCUCAACCUAAUAAAUCAAACCAGAAAACAAAAGGAAGUGAGGCCAUUUUACCACUCUCAAUUGCAUUCUCACAUUCUUUUCCAUUUUUUUCAUCUGUUCAGAAAAGGUGUCGAACCAGCAACCACAAAAAGAGCAUAGAAUCAAUCACCCAACAAUUUUGUUCUGCUUUUCGUAAUCACCUAUUCCCACUCGAGGUUCAGUUAUUCACGCAGAAAACCAAAUUCAACUCAAACCCCAGAAAAAAUGCAUUCGAGUCAUCUGCUGCUCGAGGAGCCAAUCCGGAUGGCCACCAUCCUUGAGCCAUCCAAAGCUAGUUUCUUCCCUGCUAUGACGAAGAUUGUAGGGACUCUCGGCCCGCGCUCGCGAUCCGUUGAGGUUAUUUCAUCUUGUCUUAAAGCUGGAAUGUCUGUGGCAAGAUUUGAUUUUUCGUGGGGUGAUGCGGAGUAUCACCAGGAGACUUUGGAGAAUUUGAAGACUGCUAUUAAGAGCAGUAAGAAACUCUGUGCCGUUAUGCUCGACACUGUGGGUGCUGAAAUGCAAGUUGUUAAUAAAAGUGAGAAAGCUAUAACUCUCAAGGCAGAUGACAAUGUUAUUCUGACACCUGAUCAAGGUCAAGAAGCAUCUUCUGAAGUUUUGCCAAUCAACUUUGCUGGGCUGGCUAAGGCUAUGAAGAAGGGAGACACCAUUUUUGUCGGUCAGUACUUAUUCACUGGAAGCGAAACAACUUCUGUCUGGCUUGAGGUAAUUGAAGUGAAAGGUGAUGAUGUGGUUUGUGCUAUCAAGAAUUCUGCAACCUUGGCUGGAGCUUUGUUCACUCUGCAUGCUUCUCAAAUUCAUAUCGACUUGCCCACACUAACUGAUCAGGACAAGCAGGCUAUCAGCACUUGGGGUGUUCAGAACAAAAUUGAUUUCCUUUCAUUGUCAUACACACGUCACGCGGAGGAUGUUCGUGAGGCGCGUGAUUUUCUAUCCAAGCUUGGUGAUCUAAGCCAGACUCAAAUCUUUGCUAAAAUCGAAAAUGUCGAGGGGUUGACCCACUUUGAUGAGAUCCUUCAGGAGGCAGAUGGCAUCAUCCUAUCACGUGGGAACCUUGGCAUUGAUCUCCCACCUGAGAAGGUGUUUUUGUUUCAAAAAUCUGCUGUUUACAAAUGUAACAUGGCGGGUAAGCCAGCUGUGGUGACUCGUGUGGUCGAUAGUAUGACCGAUAAUCUCAGGCCUACUCGUGCUGAGGCAACUGAUGUUGCUAAUGCCGUCUUAGAUGGAUGUGAUGCAAUUCUUCUUGGUGCUGAGACCUUACGUGGAUUGUACCCUGUUGAAACUAUUUCCACUGUCGGCAAAAUUUGUGCCGAGGCAGAGAAGGUCUUCAAUCAAGACCAAUACUUUAAGAAGACGGUGAAAUUUGUCGGGGAACCCAUGACCCACUUGGAAUCUAUUGCUUCCUCUGCGGUUCGUGCUGCCCUUAAAGUGAAGGCAUCCGUUAUCAUAUGCUUUACAUCGUCUGGGAGAGCAGCAAGAUUGAUAGCAAAAUAUAGGCCUACAAUGCCGGUUUUAUCUGUUGUGAUCCCUCGACUGAAGACCAAUCAACUGAAGUGGAGUUUCAGUGGUGCAUUUGAGGCAAGACAAUCGCUUAUAGUACGUGGGCUGUUCCCCUUGCUUGCUGAUCCUCGUCAUCCUGCUGAGUCUACAAAUGCGACAAACGAAUCCGUUUUGAAGGUUGCGCUCGAUCACGGGAAAGCCUCAGGUGUAAUAAAGUCCCACGAUCGUGUCGUUGUUUGCCAGAAAGUCGGAGAUGCAUCUGUUGUCAAGAUUAUCGAGCUCGAAGACUAAUAAUACUGAGAUGUCUAAUGCCGAUAUGUUUUUUAUUAAGAUUUUUUUUUAAGAUAAAUCGCCCGUUCUGUUUAUUUUCCUUUCCUUUCAUCGUUUUUCUUUACCUGGGUUCGGGUGAAAUACGGCUGGAAAUCGAUUUUUUUUUAUUUUUUUAUUUUUCUACUACAAUGAGUUUUGAUCUUGAAUUUUAAUUGGCUACUAUAUAUGUUUAUGUUUAGAACAGAUACUGAUAACUGAUGUUUGCAGUUAUCUUGUUCCAAAUCCUUUAAUUCUGCAAGUAAAUAUCUGAAUUUUAUACUACAAAAUGAACAUAGAACUUUG